UGGGUACGAGGUUGUAUAAAAGACUGAGUCUGCGCAGUAGUUGUGGUGCCGGUGACGAGAGUGUUAGCUAUGGCGAGCGUGAACUCAGCGACGCUGAUGAAGAAAGCUGAUCUAGGGUUAUUGGAAGAAGAUGACGAAUUUGAAGAGUUUCCUGCAGAAGAGUGGACAGCUGUGGAUGAAGACCAGGCUGACAUACAUGUUUGGGAGGAUAAUUGGGAUGAUGAUACUGUAGAGGAUGACUUCUCAAAUCAGCUAAGGGCAGAACUGGAAAAGAAUGGUCACCAAGUGGAGCAAGCAGAGCCAAUGAAAACAUGAGAAAAGUGAAGACAAAUUCUGUUUCACUGCUUCAACGUAAUUUUUCAAUGUAAAUAUUGACUAUUGUAUGAAACCACAGGAGUAAAGGAAACCUUUUGUUUAAGAAACCUCUUUCAUUCUAAGUUAUGGUGACGAGUUAGGAAAAGACGAAAUUGAAGCCAUAGGUACAUUUAUUCCAAUUACACAGCAAAUGAAAGUAAUUUAAGGAGCUAUUAGUACUAUGAUCAAAGUUUAAUCCCUACAAAUUAUAGGUGUUACGGAAAUUCUCGGGAAAGAUUGAAAAUGUUGUUUUCCAAUAUUAAGCAACAGGGCCUAACUUGGUCAAAUGGUGGCUCUAAAUGUGGUGCAGUUACUAUUUUCAUUGUUCAAUACAUUGUUCCUAUUUCCAGUCCUUCCUAAUUUGCAUGAAAUUGUUACAGUUUGUGCUAUUAUAUAAUAAAGGGGGUAAGUUAGGAAAGAAA